UAGGCCCUGCUUUCGUCACCCACUGCUCCCCGAAGGGCCUCAGCGCUUGCACCCAAGGGGCUUGGGAGCAGGACUCUUUUUCCUUGUCCUGUCUGUACCCGAGUACAGACAUUCUUCUCUGUCCUUGCGACUGUCGCUGUGUGGACCCUCCUUGAGGCUCCCUUCGUCCUGUCUCAGGACCUCCCUUCCGUCUGGGUGUGUGUCCGCCCCCAGCAGGCUUCCUCUUGGGCGCAGGUCGACCCCACCACCUUGUUCUGUCUGGUCGUCUUGGGCCUUCCUUCCCAGUUUCCCUCCGGUCUGUUUUUCUGCCUCCGGACUCCCUCAUUUUUUUGCCUGUUGAUCCCCUGAACUCUUGAGUUUAUCCAGCUCCCCUAUUCUGUUUCCGUAGACCCCCACAUUUUUGUGUCUCCGAAGCUUCCAGGCUUCUACUCCCCCCUCCACCAUUCCUAUUCUAUCCCGGGUCCCCUCCCUCUUCUCUGAUUGUGGAUGCUCUUCCUCCCCCAAACCUCCCGCUGCUGUCCUCUCUGGGUCAUCUACACAGACUCUCUCGCCUCUCACUGUUCUUUUCCCCAACUUGACCUCAGAUUGUGGGGGGGUCUCUGUAGCCAAGUCUCCUGGCAUCUUCAUUAAGGUCCUCAGCAUUUCCACCCCUUCCCCAACCUACCUGCCUCUAACUCGUCUCACCUCCCUUUUUUUCUCCCUUUCUCUCCAGCCACCCUGACGUGUCCCUUCCCAAGCCUCUAGGGACAACAGUGGACUUGGGGACCAGCGAGCACCCCCAGGACACAAGAGGAGCCUCUGCUGCCUGCCCUGCCUCACCCUGCCCCACACCAGGCCCAGGGGCCCCCAUCUGCAUCAAGUGGAGGAGGAGGAGGCGGAGGAGGGUGGCACCAUGGGCCCGGGCCGUGCCCUCCAUGCCCGGGAGAUGAAGACAUUGCUGCCAUGGACAGCCCGUGCCAGCCGCAGCCCCUGAGUCAGGCUCUCCCUCAGUUGCCGGGGUCUGUGUCAGAGCCCUUGGAGCCCAGCCCGGUCAGGAUGGGGGUAGAGAGUUACCUGCCCUGUUCUCUGCUACCCUCUUACCACCGUCCAGGAGCGCCUGUUGAGGCCUCGGCAGGGAGUGGGACCUCCAGAGCCACAGCCACCUCCACCACUGCCAGUCCCUUGCAGGAGGGCUUUGGUGGACAUGAUGGUGGUGAGCUGUGGCCGCUACAGAGUGAAGGUGCUGCGGCGCUGGUCACCAAGGAGUGCCAGCGACUGGCAGCCCAGGGAGCCCGACCUGAGGCCCCAAAACGGAAAUGGGCAGAGGAUGGUGGGGAUGCCCCUUCACCAGGCAAGCGGCCCUGGGCCAGGCAAGAGAACCAGGAGGCAAAGGAGGAGGAUGUCAGGGGUUGUGGCAGUGGUUGUGGCAGUGGCAGUGGCAGUGGCAAUGGCAGCCGUGAGACAAAUGCUAGGAUGAGGGAAGAAGCCCUGCCCUCCACACCUGAACGCCUGGCCCUGGACUACAUUGUGCCUUGCAUGCGGUACUAUGGCAUCUGCGUCAAGGACAAUUUCUUGGGGGCAACACUGGGAGGCCGUGUGCUGGCUGAGGUGGAGGCCCUGAAGUGGGGUGGGCGCCUGCGUGAUGGGCAGCUAGUGAGCCAGCGGGCAAUCCCACCGCGCAGCAUUCGUGGGGACCAGAUUGCCUGGGUGGAAGGCCAUGAGCCGGGCUGUCGGAGCAUCGGUGCCCUGAUGUCCCAUGUGGAUGCUGUAAUCCGCCACUGUGCUGGGCGGCUGGGCAGCUACGUCAUCAAUGGGCGCACCAAGGCCAUGGUGGCGUGUUACCCAGGCAACGGGCUAGGGUACGUGAGGCACGUUGACAAUCCCCACGGCGAUGGGCGCUGCAUCACCUGUAUCUAUUACCUGAACCAGAACUGGGAUGUUAAGGUGCAUGGUGGCCUGCUGCAGAUCUUUCCUGAGGGCAGGCCUGUGGUAGCCAACAUCGAGCCUCUCUUUGAUCGGUUGCUCAUUUUCUGGUCUGAUCGACGGAACCCCCAUGAGGUGAAACCAGCCUAUGCCACCAGGUACGCCAUCACUGUCUGGUAUUUUGAUGCCAAGGAGCGGGCAGCAGCCAAAGACAAGUAUCAGCUAGCAUCUGGACAGAAAGGUGUUCAAGUACCUGUGUCACAGUCAACCACGCCCACCUAGUGGCCGGCCCUGGAGCUGCAUGGACCGACAGCUCGCCCGACUUCAGGAGAGCCCGGGCCCCGCGGCAGCCCACAGUCUUAGUGCCUGCUCCUUCCCUGCCACUGCUGCUGCUUCUGGCUUGCCUCUGUCCUGCCGGGCAUGGAGGGCUCUGUGCAUCGCUGAGGACCAAGAAGGAGGAGUGAUCUCUGCUGCUCUUUGAGGAGAGCUGGGGUUAUGACCUGGGCAGUGGCCAGUGUUGGGGGCUACCAUUACUGAAGCGGAGACCUGUGUCCUGUCCUGUGUGGUCAUUACCCUGCUGGGUGUAAGAGCUGGGAAGAGGCAGGAUUUGGGGUUGAGGUGAGUCAUGGCCUCUCGCUGGCAAAGGUUUGGGGAGGUAUCCCCAAGUCCCCCAUUCCUCCAGCCUGGAAUGUGAAGUGACUCCCCAAUCCCUUUGGUCAUGGCACCUUUUGGACUGGGCUGCCACUGCUUGGGCAGGAUAAGGUGCCAAGAGGAGCAUGGGUAUGGAAGUCCUGACAGCCAAGAAAUAAAUAAAAAUUUACCUCAGAGCUGCAAA